ACGAGCGGGGAUUCCCCGUAAAGUCUGUGUAUUCCGGCUGGACCAUGAGUGUUGUAAGAAUUUUCAUAUUGGGGAGUAUAUUAAAUCCUUGUUUAGGUGUCGAUCCUAUAUCAGCUGCGGUAGCGGUUGGGGCAGCUGCGUUUUCAAAAGCUGGGAAACUGUUUUGCUCAACUGGCUUAUUAGAAUGUUGCAAUGAAAGAUAUAUCAAAUUGGAUGUGCAAGGUCUUGAAAGAGAUUUAAAAGAAAACCUUCAUGGUCAACACCUUGUGAUCCCGAUUAUAAUAAAUGCUGUCAAAGGUCAUGUUGCUGAUAGAGAUCCAAAGAAACCAUUGGUUCUUUCAUUUCAUGGUUGGACUGGAGGAGGGAAAAGUUUUGUGUCUCAGAUGAUUGUUAAACAUUUGUAUGAAAGAGGAGAGCAAAGUGAUUUUGCACAUUUCUUAUAUUCUGAUUUACAUUUCAAACAUCCUAGCAGAGUGGAAGAAUAUAAGGACCAGUUACAUUCAUGGAUAUAUCACAAUGUAUCCAACUGUGAGCGUUCAGUAUUUAUAUUUGAUGAAAUGGAUCAUAUGCCAGAAGGAAUGAUUGAUGUGCUGGUGCCUUUUCUGGGACAUAACCUCCGAAUUGAUGGUGUUAAUUUCAGAAAAAGUAUAUUUAUAUUUAUCAGCAAUAUAGGAGGUGACGUGCUAACACAAAAAGCAAAGGGACAGUGGGAUAGUGGUAAAUUAAGAGAAGACCUGAAACUUCGAGACUUACAGAAACCUCUUGAAAUGUCUGCUUAUAAUUUAUUAAGUGGAUUAAAAGGGAGUGACAUUAUUCAAAAGCAGUUGAUUGAUCAUUUUGUUCCAUUUCUACCUCUGGAAAAAAUACAUGUUCGGCGGUGCGUGGAAGAUGAAUUCAAGCGUGCUGGUGUUUUUAAUGUUUCAAAUGAAGCAUUGGACAGUGUGUUAGAUGAAUUAGACUGGUGGCCAGAAAAAGAUAAACUAUAUUCUAAAUCUGGUUGCACGAAAGUGACUCAUAAAACCAGACUUAUACAUGGGUUAUGAUAGUAAAAAUGAGAAAUUAAUUAGCCCAAAUGUUUGGAAAAUGUCAACUUCUUAGUUUUUAAUUUUUUUUUUCCUAUAAAGCAUACUCCAAGAGGCUGCAAUAACUUGUACAGUGAUUAAAAAGGGACUUCAUUGUUACGGCUGCAAUUUGCUUCGGUGUUUGGCCAAAUCUUUUGAAAGUUUCAGGUUCGUGUGCAUUUCGAAAGAGUUGCAAUAACUUAUGCAGUGGUUACUUACAAUAAUACUUUAUUACUUUGUUACAAGCUGUCAAGAACUGAGCGUGACAAUAAUUAAAUAAUGUUCGGGUCAAAUUAUGACUGGUGUCAACUUCUCGCUGUAUUUAAUUUCACAGCAUAUGUUGCAAAAAUAUUCAGUCUGGCUUUUCAGUCAGUCGGUCAGUAGUUUAUUUUAUCACAUACCAACACAAUUGACCAAAAUAACUACGAAGCACAUAUAAAACAAUACUUUCAGUGUGAAGGGAGGCGCGAUAAACCAGUGAAGGUUAUCGAGCAGCGUCACCCUGGGGGAGUGAGUCUUAAAAUUAAAUCGUAAUGAGAAAAAGUCAAACAGGAUACUAGCAAAAGUCGUGAAUAAUAAAUAAAAUAAUAAAGUCGAAGACGGCCUUUUAACACAUUUAAGUAUGCACAUUUUGGUAUGCCCUACUUCUGUUACUGGACUGUUUUUCCUUCCUAAGCUUGUAUAUGUUUUGUGAAGGUAAUUUGGGAGUAACUUUCGCUAUAUUAGUGCCUUGCUGUUGUGCGCGACUAUUUUUGUGUUUUUUUGCUAUGUCAGUCUUUGUUUUGGAUUGAAACCUUCAACUUAUGGGCUGAAUGUGUUAUAUUCUUACUAUUUUUGUGCAUUCUUUUCAGUGUUUUUAUUUGUAUUUCUUUUGUGCUUGUUAUAUGAAAAAUAGCAAGUGCAAGUUUCUUCUAUCUGUAUUCUAUGCAUGACGAUAAAAGUUUUACAUGCGAAA